AUGUCUCUUGAUGUUGUAGCAGGAAUGGUGUCUGCUUGUAAGAACAUCAUUGCUGAGCUUAACCGUGGAGACAAACUGGAUGGUGAUAAUUAUGAUAUAUGGUAUCGUAAAGUCCAGUACGUCCUCGAGGAGCAAGAAGUAAAAGAGACUCUUUUACAUCUCAUGGAAGAGCCUGAGCAGGGCAAUACUCCUCAACAUGUGAGAGAUCAAGAGGCAUAUAAUGUCUGGAAAAGAAAGAACAGCAUCGCUCGCAUCACAUUGCUGAGUUGUAUGCAAGAUGAUCUCAUGUGUGAGUUUGAAGAGUAUGAAACUGCAAAAGGCAUGUGGGAGGCCUUGAAAGAAAAGUUUGGUGCUACUUCAGCAACCAAACUUAGGAGACUCAAUCAAAGGUUCAGUGACUAUAAGAAGCGCCCAAACCUUUCAAUGAGGCAGCAUCUUAGAGUCAUGUCGAACAUGAUUAGAGAGUUGAAGAAUGCUGGACAGAUUAUGUCAGAUGAACAGCAAGUCCAAGCGGUUCUCCGUUCAUUACCUGAAAGUUGGGACCAUAUGAGAAUGCAGAUGACACACAAUGUGAAUGUCAAAACCUUUGAGGACAUAUCACGUCAUCUUGAGUUAGAGGAUGAGCGCUUAGAGGCUGCCAAACCCUUUAACGAGGCCAACUAUGCGAAUUCAAACUCUGGUUUGAAACGCAAGAGAGGUAACAAUGGAAACAAGGCUCCUGAUCAACCUGAUCCUAAGAGGCAAAAGAAGUAUGUCAAGCGUGGAAAACGUGGAGGCAAGAAGGAUAAGACCAAGAUAAAAUGCUACAACUGUGGCUCAUUGGGUCACUUUGCUCGUGAAUGCACUGAGGCAAAGAAGGUAUUAUCUUUGGACUCUACUUGCAAAUAUGCUUAUGUUUCUAGUUGUGUAAUGCUAACAGAAUCUCAUCCUUUGUGGAUUGUAGACUCAGGAGCAACAGACCACGUAGCUAGAAGUCGAGAAGCAUUUGUGGAGUACCGACGGGUGCCCAAAGGUACAAGAUGGUUAUAUGUGGGAAAUAACUCCAAGGUUGCGGUACAAGGUAUCGGAACCUGUCAGCUACACAUGAGUGGCGGGAAAACUCUCAUACUGCAUGAUGUCUUGUAUGCUCCUGAAAUCCGUGGGGACCUAGUCUCUGUUUUGGCAUUACUUAAGUUAGGAUUUGUUUUGAACUUCCAUAAUUUAUGUUUGCAAAUUUCUCUAAGGUCUGAGUACUUUGGUUCAGGCUAUUUGGAGAGGACAAUCAAGUGUUUGAGAACAGAUCGAGGUGGUGAAUAUCUAUCUGAGCAGUUUAAGACACUGUGUGAUGAAAAGGGUAUUGCUAGACAGUUAACAACACCCUAUACACCACAACAAAAUGGUGUAGCAGAAAGAAGAAAUAGAACUCUUCUUGAAAUGGUUAGGUCUAUGAUGGCGCAAGCUAACCUUCCAAUUUCGUAUUGGGGGGAUGCAUUGCUUACUGCAGCCUAUAUACUUAACCUUGUGCCCUCUAAAUCUGUUACUACCACUCCCUAUGAGUUAUGGACGGGUAGGAAACCUAACCUAACUCAUCUAAGAGCUUGGGGAUCAGCUGCAUAUGUUCGUGAUACUUCACAUCCUCAUGGAAAAUUGGGUCCUAGAGGAAAGAAGUGUAUCUUUAUAAGAUACUCUGAGCAAUCUAAAGGAUAUGUGCUCAUUGGCGAACACUUAGAUGGAAGUAUAACAGAGAUUGAAUCACGAGAUGUAACAUUCUUGGAAAAUGAUUUUCCUAAAAGGGGAGAGAUUGAUAGAGAACUCCAUCUUGAAGAGAUUCUUGACCAUACUAGUAGUAUUCCUCCUACCAACCAAUCUGUGGAAGUUAGUGAAGGUUCACAUGAACUAUCACAACUUAGUGGGAGAGAAACAUUGGUUGAAUCACAAGAUAUUGAGUUACGAAGAAGUAACCGUGGAAAUGUUCCCCGUCGUCGUUUUGAGAUAGAAGGGGAAGCUUUUAUGGUUGCUUUAUAUGAUGACUUGGAACCUAGAUCGGUUCAAGAGGCUCUCUCUUGCCCAAACUCAAAUGAAUGGAAUGAUGCAGUAGGUGAAGAACUAGAAUCGAUGAAAGAAAACCAUGUCUGGGACUUGGUUGACCUUCCGCCAGAACGUCGAGCGAUCGGAAAUAAAUGGAUUUUUAAGAUCAAACGUAAUGCGGACGGAUCGAUAGAUAGGUACAAGGCUCGCUUGGUAGCGAAAUGUUAUACCCAACAAGAGGGUAUAGACUAUGAGGAAACGUUUUCACCUGUGGUGAGGUUUGCCUCUAUUCGCCUUAUUAUAGCAAUUGUUGCCGGAUUAGAUUUAGAGUUACCAAGCGAGCCUUGUACCUAUCUAUCGAUCCGUCCGCCUUACGUUUGA